AUGCCUCCAAAGUCUUUAUUCCGUCAACCUGGAGCACAGCACUUCCAACUCGUGCAUCGUUCGCAGCGCGAUCCUCUCAUACACGAUCCCGAAGCUAGUCAGCGUGUCCUGAGGGCCUUCGAGCGAGGGAAUGUCGCUAAGGGAAAGUCUAGGGCAGACCUAGAGAAGUUCCUCUCCCCCUCCGAGCUCGCUCACGACAAGGAGCGAGCCAACAUCGGCGAGGCCGCACUCUACGGGGUCUACUUCGACGAUACUGAAUAUGAUUACAUGAAACAUAUGCGCCCCGUCGGCGUUCAGGAGGCUGGUGUGGAUAGCGUUCUCGUCGAGGCUCCUGUCAAGACCAAGGGCAAGGGCAAGUCGAAAGACCCCAUAGAACUACUAGACCUACCCCCAGGCGUCCUUCCAUCCACCUCGGAGAUACCCAGGAACUAUGAGGCGCAACAGAACAUACCAUCCUCGAUAGUCGGCUUUCAACCUGAUCUUGACCCACAUCUCAGGCAAACUUUGGAGGCAUUGGAGGAUGAUGCAUUCGUCGAUGACGACCUAGACGAUGACUUCUUUGGCGAGCUUGGCGAGGAGACUGCGUCGGAAGAGGACGAGGUAGCAGUUGGGAGGCACGCUUUGCAAGAUUCAAAAAAGCUCAGAAGGAGGCACCUCCGACCGACGCAUCCGACAUCGACGGUAUUCAGAGGCGGAGACACUGUCGGGACGCUUCCACAGUUUUCUGUCGUCGGGGGCAAGAAGCGGCGAAAGGGCUCUUCGAACGCUUCAGGAUACAGCAUGAGUAGUUCCUCGAUGUUCCGAAACGAGGGUUUGACUAUGCUGGACGAGCGGUUUGAGGAGGUAGGCGUUACUACAAAUCCAAAACAAUACGACUCGGACGAGGAGAGGAGGAGGAGGAAGGCUUACUUCGACGCUAUGAUGCACGAGUUCCUCGAUAACUACGAGAUCCUCGGUGGCAAGAUGCGCCAUGUCCUCCAUGGCGACACCGCUGCGGAGAAGCUCGACACGAUCCGCAAAGCAUUCGGAGGGGCUCAUGUUGACGAGAAGCAGGGGCGGUGGGAUUGCGAGACUAUCCUGAGUGAGUCAAUCCGACAUUGCUCUACGUCUCGCUUUGAUCUCAGCUUCCUUGUAGCGACAUACAGCAAUCUGGAGAAUCACCCGCGUUUGAUAAAGGCGCGGCAAGACAAACUCAUCGCGAGAAUUCGACUAGACCCGAAGACCGGCUUGCCAGUUGUGGACGGAAAGCAGCCUCAGUCACGACCACCCACGGACUCAACCUCGGAGUCGGAGUCGGAGGAUGAUUCAAGAGUGCAACGAAUCACCGUCUCUCGGCCGAAGAACGAGUCUAAGGACGACAAGAAGGCCCGGAAGCAAGCCGUGAAGGCGGAGCGGCAGCAACGUCGACUUGACAAGAAAGCGACUAAGGAGGAGUUCUCCUCGGAAGCGAAACGACAGAAUCGGACUUUGGCCAACAAGGAGAAGACAAAAGCUCGCAAGCUAUGA